UGUAUAUUACAUCAGGUGAUCAGUCUGUCUUUGAUAUUACAACCCAGCCGCACCCGACAGGGAGCAGUGUAGUACUUCAGGUCUCGCGCCUGGUGCUCGCCGUAACCAUGCCACCAAAGAGGAAUGUGCAAGAAAAUCCGGCGCUAAUAGAAGUGAGUCAACAGCAGGGGAGACAACCCAACCCUUCCUCAACACAAGAAGGUGCUGUGGCCAUACCAUCAAAAGACACACCGGCGAUUAUAGAGGAGAACCAGCAGCAGGGACUUCAGUCCAUUUCUACAACCACACACAACUACAUCGGUUGUUCAGUAUCCCAGUAUGACCUGUCUAACUCAUCUCAAACUUCAGAGGGGAAUCUCGGACAUCGUGGCUGUGUAUCACAAGCAUCUCUUAGCAUCAGGAUCAAGCAACUCAAUGAAGGGUUUGAGGAAAUUGGCACACUCCAUAAAGCAGAAGAACUCCUAAAAAGACACAACCAUGUGACAGUUUGUGGAGCUCCCGGCGAUGGAAAAACAAGCAUUGCUCUCAAGAUAUGUGAGAAAUAUCUGCGAAAGAAAUAUGAAGUUGUAUUUGUUGAAAAUGUUGAAGAGUUUCAAGAAGAUACAAUAAUUCAGCGACAGUGUCACAUGUUGAUUGUGUUUGAUGAUAUAUUUGGUUCUGGACCAUUUCCGUCCAAUCUGCAGAAAAUCAAGAAGGUGUUGGCCAGACUGGCUGAUGUUUUAGUAAACAUCUCAGUUCAAAGGGUAGAACAGGACAAGAAGAAGAGAGAGCAGAAAAAACUGAAUGCAGACAAGAAGAAAAAUGAGACUUUGUCUGCUGCAGAUGCAAAAAGCCUCUACAAAGUCCGCUUCAUCUUCACAUCUAGAACCUACAACUGGAAUGAAGGAUGCAGCAGACUUCACCAGUUCAAAAUAAAUCUCUUCAACCCUGAGAGUGUUAUCGAUUUGGCCACAACUACUCUGACAACUGACGAAAAGAAAUCUAUAAUAAAUUCAUUCUUGAAAAGAAAUCAAAUGUUUGACAUCUCCAGUCAGGACAAGAACACAAUUACACAGUUACAAGACAACAUGUUUGGGUUUCCACUCAUCUGUCAACUUUACUGUACCAACCCAGCCUUCCAGAUGCUCAAAAUUACUACCUUCUUUCAGAACCCUGUGACCUAUCUGAGAGGUGAUCUUGACACCAUUAUCCGUGAAGGUAGCAGCAGAUCGGCAGCCCUCGUUCUCCUCGUCCUGUGUGGGGGGAAAGUUGGACCUUGUCUCUUUCAAGUCGGGGACAAAAUGUGCAGCAUUGUUCCAGGUUGUAAAGGAGGAGAUAGCAACCUGCACUCGUACAGACAUCGGUAAGGAGAUCAGCAACUUUACCGGCACCUACUGCACAGUAGAGAAUCAUGUUGCCUCCUUCUCACAUCCAUCCAUUCACGACGCCGCAGCAUGUGCUUUGGGCCCUCUCAAUGAAGUGUUGUUACUGGAACAUUGUUCUCUGCAGUUCCUAUAUGAAAGAGUCAGACUUAACAGGGAUGAUGGUUUUCAGUCAACCCACACUGAUGACGUGACAAACACGAUUUGCAUCACUUCCAAUCUAUUUCCAUUAGUCAUUACCAGAUUGGUGCAAGGUGUCCGAGAAGGGUGUUUUAGAUGGACAGUUGGUCACCCUAUAUUCAGCAACGACCAAAUAGCUUCCUCCUUCUUGACACAAAUGAUGUCAGACCUGCCAGAUGUUGUUCACAGAAAAGAUACGAGCUCCGGUGAAUGCUUUCUGUAUUGGGUCUCACUUUCAACCAACCAGUCAGUGUUUGAACGCUCAUUGUCACUGAUUUGUAAAGAGAGAGGCCUUUCAAAUUCUGUUGUCACUGACUUCUACGAUAGUGUCAUAGGCUGUAUACAGAGUGGCAAUCUACUGUAUCUUCAGCGUAUUGCUGCUGCACUCAAACAGCGUGACAAAUUUAAUGUAGAUUACAGGUCAACGGGCCACAAAACACUGCUGAUGAUUGCUGCUGAGGCAGGACAGUUGGAUGUGUUCAACUUCCUACUG